CGCGGCUACUCCGUGACCUGUCGCGGAUUAGGGAAAAUGGCUGACGAUCGUCGGGACAUGUUUUGACAAUUUUAGUUGCCCGAGCCUGAGACGUCCGAUGAGGAAUUACGUCGCGGUGGGAGGCGCAAUUUUUAUGGUAUCGUCGACGGUGUGUCGCGGUGAUGUGAGAUCCGGUGGUGCGUUCGCGUCGCACGUUCCGCGGCUCGGGUCGUCCCGUCGUCCGUCGUAACUUGUCCGAACGUGUCCCGACCUGUCAUUGCCAGCAGGAAAUCCCUCGUCGCGAGACUGACUGUACAAAACUGACCGUUGUCAAAAAAAGAUUGCACUCGGCGCGAGGCAUUACCGUGUCUCCUGAUAUUGCCUUCUUUAUCCUGUAACGCUUCCUAUGGGACUCGCGUGCGAGAUGAGAACGCGACAGAGCCGCUGCAUUCUCUGACGUAACGUCCCCACGUGUACGCGUGCAUGCGUGACUGGUGGAGGUAGAUGCGGUGGGAUCUGUGAGGAGUCGCCGUCGCGAGUCAUGCCAAGCAGGAGACUGGGUAGCACGCGUCCUCUGUAGCUUCCACGAUCAUGGUGUAGACACGGGAUCAUUAAGGCAAUAAAAUGCCUGCCGCUCUGGUUAAUAAUGGGACAGCACUUUGCUAGUCUCAGAGAGUUCCUUAGAAUGGAUGGUGAACGACAGCCUAGCGAAGUAUGCGCUAACGAGCUCAGCCAGCCAUUGCCUUUGGAGAUGGUGAAUCGGGAUGGCAGCGACAGUUUGCCCGAGAACGAGACCAACGGCAACGUACCGGCGAACUCCAAUAUACUGCCGAACAGACCGGAAUGCAAGCCUGAGGGAAAUCUGGACAACGAUCGCUUGAACUUAGAUAUAGACAACCAUAACUCUAGAUUCGAAUCUUUGUAUAGUCAACCCGUCGAAGCUCAGGAUGCGAAGCAAGUUUGUAACAACGGCAAUGUCACUAGCGAGCCGUCAUUCAGGCAGCAGCAGGAGGCCUGCUGCAGUAGUUCCGGUGGUAGCAACAGUAGUAGUAGUUCCGAGGAUAGUCCCGUAAAUCCGCCUUUAAGAAGAUCCUCCAAGACGUUAUCCUUUGGAAAGAGAAAAAACAAACAGCGCAACAAGGAUCAGAGCCCAGUGUGUAAUCAUGUUUUGUCGUCGAAGAAGAAGCGCAGCAACUGGGUGCUGAAGUUCAAUUGCGCCAAGAGCAAGAGCUCGAAAAACACGGACAUUAUUCCCGGGCAAGGGAACAGCAAUUCGGACUGCGUAUGCACGGGUUACAGGAGGACUGAAGAGCAUCCCAUGGGUGCGGGCGUCGUGUUCAAUAGUCGAUCCGCUCCUCAGAGCCCCGUUCUCGGGCCUCUGCCGCCUAGCCCUGUAAUUGAUUUAUCACGAUUUAACCCCGAGGAAUUUCCUAUGGAAGACUGCGACGAACGCGCGCGGAUACAACGCGCUCGAGAGAUGGAGGAGGGCGUCGAGCCCCCGCCCGGUUAUAGGCCUAAUUAUCCUGCGAGUAUACAGGUUCAUCCUAACGGGAUAACGGUGGAUAGUUUGGCGGCGUUGUUCCAAGCACAUGCCGGUAUUCAAGCUGCCGCCCUCACAGCCUUAUCGCAGAUCGACUUUACGUUAAUUCCAAAUAUCGAGAGGCCCGCGCACACGCAGAUCGAUUACGUUCACUGCCUCGUGCCGGACCUGAGGUCGAUCACCGCGUGUUCCUUUUACUGGGGCAAAAUGGACCGUUACGAGGCGGAGCGUUUGUUGGAGGGCAAACAGGAAGGCACGUUCCUGCUGCGCGACUCCGCGCAGGAGGAGUUCUUGUUCUCCGUCAGCUUUCGCAAGUACGGGCGCUCGCUUCACGCACGAAUCGAGCAGUGGAAUCACAAGUUCAGCUUCGACUCGCACGAUCCGGGGGUCUAUGCUUCCGAAACGGUGUGCGGCCUGAUCGAGCACUAUAAGGACCCGUCGUGCUGUAUGUUCUUCGAGCCGAUGCUCACUAUUCCGCUACAUCGGAACUUCGCGUUCCCGCUGCAGCACCUGUGCAGGGCGGUGAUAACCACGCGGACGACAUACGAUGGCAUAAACAAGCUGCAAUUGCCAAAGACACUUAAGAGCUAUCUCAAGGAGUACCACUACAAGCAGCGAGUGCGAAUCAGGCGGUUGGACGUCGAGACCGAUCCGCAAGACGCCAAAUCCAUAUCAUGUUUACUAUGAGUCUUCUUCGUAUUGAUACGUCAUAGAGUUUUAUUGUACGUUGUAUUUUACGUUUUAUUCCUUUUCUUCUUUUUUUUUAUCCACAUUUACAGUCUUAUCGCACGCGCGCGACAUCGUAAUACCGCGAGUCUCUCCGACGGGGGCAGUCAAAAAGAAACAUUGCAAUAUUAGCAAUAAAAGCAUUAUAUUCAUUCUGCGCGAGGGAUAAUAGGUUGUCUCUCCCGGGAGAAUGACAUAGUUAUAAUUAAGAGAACGCGACACGACGGGAUCUGUAAAUACGUCAGAGUUGACAGUGCUUCGAAAUACGAAAGAAAAAGCACGGUAUAUCGCAAAAAUGUACUACGUGCUACGUGUAAACUCCAAUAUCAUUGCUAACUGUUAUUAUUAUUAUUAUUGCUAUUUUAUUCUCAUCUUUCUAUUUUAUUCGUAAUUGCGUUAUGUUUUAUUAACGUUAAUUUAGUGCAUACGAAAUAAAUUAAGCAUAAUGUAAAUUAAAACUACGGGAUCAGUUUGUAUAUCGAUAUAAUUUUUAUAGAACGAUACCAAAACUCAUGCCUAAACGGUGGCAAUUUAGUGUUUUAUUAUAUAAAAUUAUGAUGUCAUGAAAUUUAAUCUUUAUACGCAGGUAUAUAAAGUUACAAAAAUUAUUACGAAAUUAUUACAAAAAUCUGAUUCGUAUUACUCCUAUUGUGCCUAUUUAUAAUGUUAAACAUUAUUAGGUAAAAAGUGCUGUCUGUGUUGAUGUUCACCAUUGCCAGAUACGAAAGUCUAUAAUUUGUGUAAAUUAUUUAAAUUUUCGAAAACGUCAGGUGGGAGAUCGUAAGUUCGACGACUUAUGACUCGUUCACGUUCAAGAGAAAACGUCAAGUGCAAUGAAUUGAACUUGAAGUAACAAUAUUGCAAAUCAUUGAAUCGAUGAAUUCGCAAUUAUAUAAUAUUAUAGUAUAAAAUUGUUAAAAGGAUUGGUUAAUGGUUAUUCGUAUAAUGAACUUCGUAUUAAAAAAUAAAAAUUGAAUAUUUAUUACGUG